UAAUUUCACAUCUUAACAAUAUAGAAGCUAUUAUCUAACUUCUUGCUGAGUUCAAGCCUAUCUGACACCAGUUAUUUUGGGAAAGUAUGGAAAAUAAGAAUAAUUCGGCGCAGGUGCGUUUAUCAGCAGUGGGCAAAAAGAGUAAAAGGAAAAAGUCACAAAAGCAACGCUAUUGGGCUAAAAAACACCAACGUUUGCCUGAAAUUUGGAAUGGUGAUCAAUUUCGGACUAAUGGUGAAUCAAUUCCUGGGAGAGAGGUGGAAAAUAAUAAUAAUAGUAGAUUUGUCAGAAAGAGGAAAUUCGCUGGUUUAUUGUCCGAGACAACUCAUGUUGAAACUAAAGGAAAUAACGCAGCUGAGGCAGAUAAACAUUCGUCAAAUUCAACGCUGAAGGGUACGAUUUGGAAUCCAACCCCAAAAUGCUAUGAUAUUGUAGACUUGAAUAAAUUAGAGAUGCCCUUUAUUGAUCUUACUAUGUGCCCAACUACUCCAACUGAUCAAAUUGAAAAAAACAAACUCAACAGUGGGACUCAGUAUUCAUCCAAUAAUGAGGAAGAAAGUGAUGUAGGUCAACCAAACAGGAAAGUGGAUAUUGCUACAGAAAUAUUAGCGGAUACUAAUGAAAGCAUGUUUGAAGUGCAAAAUUUAUUAAAUUCCACGCCGACUGACAAAGUCGAAAACUCUAUACCACAACGCUGUGGAAGUGUUGUAGAAUCAAUGUCGAAAGUGUGGCAAUUACUUAAUCCCAAUGGCAAUUCCGUUCCAACUGGUCGGGUGCAAAAAAUCAGACUUAAUAGAAGAAUAUUAAAUCCUCCAAAAAGGACAAUGGAUACAAAUUUCAAAGAUAAACUGACCUUAAUUGAAAAUUUGUUGAAAAAGAAAUGCACAGAAACAAGCGAUCAUACCAGUGCAGAUGUGAGUAGAAGGAGCUAUCAUGAGGACUCUGAUAAGAUUAUGACAAACAGUUGUUCGAUUCAGGAUCCAAGCACAAUAAGUGAUGUUGACUUGGAUUUAAUUGCAGACCUGAACGGAAACAUAUUUAAACCAGAAUGCACAGAAACAACCGAUGAUACAAGUGCAGAUGAAAGUAGAAGGAGCUAUCCUGAGGAUUCAAGUGAUAAAGAUUUGUCGAAGAGUUGUUCGAUUCAGGAGUCAAGCACAACAAGCGCUGAUGACUUGGAGUCAAUUGCAGAUCUGAACGAAAACAUAUUUAAGCCGAAAUGCACAGAAACAUUCCUUUUUCUUGCGAGGUAA